UCCUUUGAAGUGCCUGGUAGUAAAUAAAGGCGCAUGAUUUACAAACAUGGCUGAAGCCAGAAAUACCUUUCCAUGUCUGUCCUCUCUGUUUACCAAUUCAGGUUUCCAAAACCGGAGGGAGAAUCUCCCUGGCGUCAGUGACCUACUGAGACAACUUUCCAGCUGAGAAUGGAGCUGGUGAGCAGGCGAGACCCCCACCUCCGAGAGGUCCUGUGGUUUGCGGUGUGCUGCAGAGCCCUGACGCUCCUGCUGCAGGCUCUGUUUAACCUCCUGAUCCCAGAUCACGCUGCAGACGCCUUCUGUCCCCCUCGCCUGUCCGAGCCUGGCCUGUGGGACCUGCUCUUGGAGCGGCUGCUGGGAGGCCUCUCGCACUGGGACGCGGAGCACUUCCUCUUCAUCGCCGAGCGUGGUUACCUGUACGAGCACAACUGCGCCUUCUUCCCGCUGUACCCCCUGAGCGUGCGCGCCGUGGCCGAGCAUUCCCUCUCCUCUGCCCUGGCAGCCGCUGCCCUGUAUAAGCUGGGCUGCGUCGUGCUGCAGUGUCGCCGGGCAGCUUUCCUUGCUGCCGUUCUCUUUUCUAUCAGCCCUGCCAACGUGUUCAUGGCAGCUGCUUACUCGGAGAGCAUGUUUGCCUUCCUGGCCUUCAGUGCCAUGUGGCAACUGGAGAAGGGGCAGAGCUGGCUCAGUGGAAUGCUCUUCUCCCUUGCUUCUGGGGUGCGUGCCAACGGGCUUAUUAAUGCCGGCUUCUUUCUCUACUCCUGCAGUAAAUCCUUUGCCCUCCAGCUCCAGGUGGGUUCGGGAUCGCUAAGGAAGCUCCCUCCGUUGUGGAAGCAACUCCUUAGCACGGCAUCUUCAGCGGUUCUGAUGUGUGCUGGGAUUUUUCUACCUUUUGCUUUAUUUCAGUAUUAUGCCUAUGUGAGGUUCUGUGGUCCUGGCGCCGGCCCGGAGCAGACCGUUCCCAGGCCGCUGCUGCAGCUGGCUCUGGACAAGGGCUAUCGUCUGGCGGCCCUGAACGGGGUUAAACCCCCUUGGUGCUCCCACCGGUUCCCUGUGGUCUAUUCCCACAUUCAAGACGCUUACUGGAAUGUGGGCUUUCUAAGGUAUUUUGAGCUCAGGCAGAUACCAAAUUUCUUGCUUGCUUUGCCUGUCACACUUCUGGGCUCGUGGGCUGCCUGGACCUACGUCAUUGCAGACCCCCGGCACUGCCUAACUCUUGGUCUAGAGAGAAGAAAGAGUGAAGAGGGUAAACCAAGAGCUGGAUUUUGCUGCCCCGCUGUCUUCGUGUACAUGGUCCAUGCCACGGUCCUCCUGGUGUUUGGAUUCUUCUGCAUGCACGUGCAGGUGCUGACCCGGUUCCUUGGCUCCUCCUCUCCCAUCCUGUACUGGUUCUCCGCUCACCUCCUUCAGGAAUACGAACCUUUGCUCUGGAGCGAAGGGACUGAGAAUCAAAUGGCAGCACCUCACUCCGAGAAGUCUCGUCUCGGUAAAUCUCCCGGUUCCUGUGGGAAAGGGACUUCCGAGAACCCCGUUGUGAGGCUGCUGAUGAACUGUAGGUUAAUUACUCCCCUCAGCAGAUGCAUUCUUGGAUUCUUCCUGUCCUACUGGCUGCUGGGACUGAUUCUGCACUGCAACUUCUUGCCGUGGACGUAGUGGGGGCGUGUAUCGGUACGGAUGGGCCGUGGGGCAGAAGCACGGGUGAAGAAUCGAGACUCGCUUUUUCUAAAAAGCCCGCUAUGUGUGUAACGGUGCUGCUGUCUGGGUUACAAAGGCGUUACUCCUCGGUUACUACUGACGUACAGAGCUGUGUUUGCGGCGAUGCUACGGCGUCCCGCUGUCAUU